AUGUGCCCCCCCCAACCAACACGUGACGAGGAGUGUGCACAAGAAAAUGACUUGAUCGAGAUUCUCAAGUCAUUCGGAGGCUUUGAGAGCUACGUGGAGCUGAGACAAAGAGAGAAUGUGGUCCAGAGACUGGAGUCACUGUUCAAAGAGUGGCUCACAGAGAUGUGUCUGCAAAUGAAUUCACCAGACAUUGUCCCGCAGAAGGUUGGAGGGAAGCUCGUCCCUUUCGGCUCCCAUCACCUGGGGGUCGCCUCGAAAGGCGUCGACAUCGACGUCCUCUGUGUGGGACCGGGUUUCCUCCAGAGGAAGGACUUCUUCUCCUCUUUCGUUAGAAAACUGAAGAGGCAGAGAGAGGUCAAAGACAUACGGGUCAUUGAAGAGGCAUUCGUGCCUGUCGUUAAACUGACCUUUGAAGAACUUGAGAUAGACUUAGUCUUUGCCAGGGUGGCCAGGUACAGAGUCCCACAGGAAAUGGACCUGCUCCGAGAGGAUUGGCUACAGGGGACGGACCUCCACUCUGUGAGGAGUCUGAACGGCUACAGAGUAACAGAGGAGAUCCUCAGGCUCGUACCGAAUGUUCAGAACCUCAGACUCGCUCUGAGGACCAUAAAGCUCUGGGCCAAACGUGAAAACAUAUACUCAAACUCUCUGGGUUUCCUUGGCGGCGUUUCCUGGGCCAUUCUGGUAGCCAGAAUCUGCCAGGAGUACCCGAACGCCUCAGCCUCCACCCUGGUCACAACGUUUUUCAAGGAGUACAACAUGUGGAAGUGGCCAAACCCCAUCAUGUUGAGGGAGUUGAAGGAUUGUCAUUUCAACCUUCCUGUGUGGGAUGCAAGGGUUAAUCUGGCAGACCGCUCCCACUCUAUGCCAAUCAUCACACCGGCAUAUCCAAUGCAGAACACUGCUUUCAACGUGACUCCCUCCACCCUGGCCAUCAUGAAGGAGGAGAUCCAGCGCGGCCACACUAUCGCCCGCUGGUCCCAACUCUUUGAGAAGCCCAAUUUCCUCAGGAAGUACAAAGCGCCGGUCAGAACAAAGUGGCUGAUUGGACUUGUGUUCAAUGAACAGGGGGGCCAACACCUGUCAAUAGACCUGACCCCCAAUCUUCAGCGCUUCAGUGACAUCGCUGGGAUCUGCCUCAGGAGCCUGGCAGGAGGGUUAUCAGUGAGCACCGCUGCUCCAUCUCCGACGAGUCACCAGGCCACAAAGAGGUCUCGUUCGCCUCACUCAGAAACUUCCAGCAAGAAGUUUAAAUCUGACGAGGGGCCGAGCGAGGAAGUCUGUCUCAGCCAAUCAAAGAGUGGAGGUCUCAAGAGAGCCCACACUCCUGAGUCAGAGUCACCGAGCAAGAGAGUCCGAACUGAUCUGCUGAGGCCCGCUGAAACCUGA